CUUUUUAUUACAUGUAAACUGAAAUAAACAUACCAAACAUUAAAUAUAAAUAUGAAACUGACAAAAUAGGUCCCGUUGAAAAGACACCCGCGAGCGACGCCCAGCUAGGGGGAGGAAGAAAACAUAGGGUGAGACACGAUGGCGAGUUGGCGGUUCAAAGCAAGCAAAUACAAAAAUGCUGCGCCAAUUACACCAAAGAAAGAAGAUUGUCUGUCAGAUAUCAAAGUUGGGAACCCACAAUCGUACGGCAGCCAUGUCUGUGCUUCUGCUGCAUUUGUCGCCUAUAUACUGGAGAACCGAGGCGGCGGCAGUCUGGGCGUGGUGCCUCUGGAGUCCUGCAAGGGGAGACAGGGAAUGAACGCCCCUAUGGUUCAUGCACACAGUGACCUCGUGACUGACCUGACCUUCUCCCCCUUCCAUGACGGUUUGCUGGCGACCUCCUCUGCUGAUACUUUGGUGCACAUCUGGCACAUACCACCGGAGGGGCUCACUACACACCUGUCCACACCUGAAAUGACCUUGAAUGGCUUUGAAAGACGAGUGGAACUUGUUAACUUUCAUCCUGUAGCUGAAACUCUUUUGUCGGCAUGUUGUGGCUCCACUGUGUCGCUGUGGGAUGUGCAGGCGGGCAGGCGCAUUGCUGGGUUUACCGAGCACGAGGACCAGGUACAAGGACUAUCAUGGUCCGGCAAUGGUCAACUAUUUAGCACCGUGUGUAGAGAUCGCUGUGUGCGUGUUGUGGACCCGAGAAACGCACACACGGCUGCAUUGAAGGCAGAUAGUCACGCAUCACCCAAGGAUAGUCGGAUAGUCUGGCUGAGCGGGGAUAGUCGACUACUCACCACAGGGUUCGACUCGGCAAGAGGAAGAGAAAUUAAACUGCGAGAUUUGAGGAGUUUUGGUUCUCCUUAUAAGACCGUGGGACUGGAGGCAUCGACAGGAAUAUUGGUGCCUUUGUAUGACGCAGACACCAAUAUGCUCUUCCUGGCUGGAAAAGCUGACGUCAGUAUUGCGUAUUGGGAAAUCAGCGACAAUUCUCCUCAUCUCAUCGAGGGGGUCCGCCAUUCGGGAUCGGUGCAAACAAAGGGAGCGUGUCUGGUACCAAAAAGAGGCCUAGAUGUCAUGAUUGGAGAAGUUAACAGAAUUCUCCAGCUGACUUCAACAUUACUGAUACCCAUAACAUACCAGGUGCCCAGAAAGACAUACCGAGAAUUUCACUGUGACCUGUAUCCUGACACACCUGGCCCUGACCCUGCCUGCUCCGUGACCCAGUGGUUGGAGGGGUCAACACUGCAAGUUAAAAAGGUCGCUCUCGACCCUGCUUCACGACCCAUGGCUGUGUGGAAGGUUCACAGAGGAACUUUGAAGAAUAUGGAGCCAGGGGAUUGGUGCUCCCCUUCUCCUCCUCCUCCCACCACCUCCUCCUCCUCCUCCUCCACCUCCACCUCCUCCUCCUCCUCCUCCUCCUCCUCCUCCUCCUCCCAUCCCAUUCCAGCGCCAAGGUCAAAGGUUUCCAAUGGGAGAAUAAUGGAGACCCCCACCCCCCGCCCGGCCCUGCGCUCUUCAUUCAACAACAACAAGAACAACAGAAGUGGCAAUGUUGAAAUAUUAAAAAGAAACUUCAUGGAGAAUAAGAACAAUUCCAAAGAUGGUACUGCUGCUACUACUACUACUACUGCAACUACUACUACUACUAUCUCCAUUAUUAAAAAGAACUAUCAGAAGGAGGAAGGAGGAGAGGAAGAGGAGGAGGGUCUUCUGAAGCUUGCCUCCAUAAGAAGACAGUUUGAGAAGAAGGAAGAGGAGGAGGAGGAGGAGGAGGAACAGGAGGAGGAGGAGGAGGAGGAGGAAGAGAAGAAGGAAGAGAAGAAGGAGGAAGAGGAGAAAAAAGAAAAGUUAGAGAUGGCUUCCUCAUCUCCCCUCCCCUCUCGUAGGCCUACCCUAAACCGCAGCUUCCGUCGCAUUUGCAAAUUUAGACAUCUUCGUGGGUCACCGGGUCACAAGACGACAUGCAUUGACAACCUUCGUGACCUUUGUCGGACUGUUCCGAGUGAGAGUGAUGGUCUUGCAGCGAACCAGAAGUGGGUAGCUGUGGCGUUGAGUGGUGCAGGUGGUAGAGUGGCUGUCCUCAACCACACAAACCCUGGUAGACUGGUUGAAGGAGUCAUCCCAUCCCUCGUCAAUUCAAACAGCAUCACCGAUUUUGCGUUCGAUCCAUUCAACACUAACCUUCUUGCUGUCGCUUGUGACGAUGGAAAGAUAAAUUUUUGGAACAUACCUGAAGGAGGACUGAAGCAGUCCACCAACACACCCACAGACACUCUCAUUGACCUGACCUCCUCUGACAAGGUCACUGUGUUGAGGUUUCACCCGACUGCAAAGGGCGUUCUUGCUGCUAUAACUGCAGUUAGGAACAUUGUGAAGAUUUGGGACACUGACUUACCAAGAAUUAUUAUAAUUUUGGAUCCACAUCCUGACCAGAUAUUCAGCGGAUCGUGGUCAAACUGCGGUAAAUAUUUCGCCACGCUGUGCAGGGAUGGUGGAGUUCGAAUCUUUGAGCCUCGGAAGUCCACCACAGCGAUCCUAACUGGCAGUAGCAGUGGUGGUGGUGGUGGUGGGCGUGGUGGAAGACUAGUUUGGGCUGUCAGAGAUGAGCUGAUUAUAACUACUGGGUUUAACAAGGUGUCCGAGAGGCAGAUAAGUGUGUUUAGUAGUAAGAAUGCUAAACUGCUUAACACGAUUGGUCUGGACGUUAGCCCUGCUCUUCUUACUGUCUGCUUCGAUCAAGACACCAAUGUUUUACUGACCUCGGGAAAAGGGGAUAACACUAUUUACGCACAUGAGGUAGGAACAGAUUCUCCUCACUUGUUCCCUCUGACUCACCACAAGUGCACUACAGUCCAUCAGGGGCUGGUGGCACUUCCCAAGAUAUUGUGUGAUGUUAGGAGUGUUGAAUUCCUGAAGAUAAUAAGACUUACAUCAUCAGUAUUGGAGCCACUGUCCUUCACUGUACCUCGCGUCAAGACUGAGUAUUUUCAAGAUGACCUUUUUCCGCCAACUCGAGUGACCUGGGAGGCAGUGAUGACCUCAGCCGAGUGGUUUGGGGGCAGCAACAGACCCCAGCACACUCUCUCUCUCCAGCCCCCUAAUCUCCCAUCACUUUCAGAGAUCCGUGAAGCACCACCACCAGCAUCACCACCCACUACCACCACCACCGCCGCCACCAACCACCACCACCACCACCACCAGCAUGUACGACACCAAACACCGCCAUUUUUAAAAGGGAUGGUACCCACUGAGGUGCGGCAAACACAGCACAAGUUGGAGGAGAGCCUGAGUCAGAAGAUGACAGAGGUGACGACAAGUUUGGAACAAGAUCGGAUGGAAGGAGUAGACGAUGCUGAGUGGGAGGAUUAAUUUUGAUUGGUGGAGACGCGAGCGGCUGGCCAAUCAGAAGCCACCAUUCCUUUCCACCAGCCAAUGAAAAGACACUAUUUCAAACUGACUGGGAAUUUGAAAGACAAGGAAGUUUCUCUCUCUCUCUCUCUCUCUCUCUCUCUCUCUCUCUCUCUCUCUCUCUCUCUCUCUCUCUCUCUCUCUCUCUAAUUUAUCUAGUCAUAUUAACCAAAUUAUUAUUAUUAUUAUUAUUAUUAUUAUUAUUAUUAUUAUUAUUAUUAUUAUUAUUAUUAUUAUUAUUCUCUCUCUCUCUCUCUCUACUACUACUACUACUACUACUACUACUACUGUCCUGAGUGCAGUAAGGGUGCUGGGAUAGUCACUGAUAGUCACUAUGGAGUGUUUAGUGGUAAUAUAAGUAAUUUUAAGUAAUCUUUCUAAGUAAUUGCACUUUUUUAUAUAUAUAUUCAGAUUUUUGGUAUAUAGAUAAGAUACUAUUAGCUACUAUUGUGACUACUACUACUACUACUACUACUACUACAAAUUCUCUCUCUCUCUCUCUCUCUCUCUCUCUCUCUCUCUCUCUCUCUCUCUCUCUCUCUCUCUCUCUCUCUCUCUCUCUCUCUCUCUCUCUCUCUCUCUCUCUGUUUAUAAGUAAUUUUUAAGUGUGUGUGUGUGUGCGUGUGUGCGUGUGUGUGCGUGCGUGCGUGCGUACAAGCUCUCUCUAAGUUAAAUGUAAGAUUAUUAUUAUUAUUAUUAUUAUUAUUAUUAUUAUUAUUAUUAUUAUUAUUACUAUUAUUAUUAUUAUUAUUAUUAAAAUUUCUCGUAAAUAAUAAUAAUAAUAAUAAUAAUCUUAUGCACAAUUACAAUAAUAAUAAUAAUAAUAAUAAUAAUAAUAAUAAUAAUAAUAAUAAUUAGUGAAGCUACAUCGUCCGCCAUCUUGGAACGCCAUUCCAACCUAACCUAACCUAACUCGUGAUCCAUUUCAGUCAAAUAAUAAUAACAAUAAUAACAAUUAAUAGUUACACCAGUACAUGUUAUUCUGAUAAGUGUAAUUGAAUAUCCUUCGAUUAUUUAGUAGUAAUUGUGAAUGUGGCUUUCCAAGAUGGCGGACUUCCGGCGUCGCGGCCAUUACUUCUAAUUGUCGUUUUGGUUUUUGUUACCUAUGAUUCUCUCUCUCUCUCUCUCUCUCUCUCUCUCUCUCUCUCUCUCUCUCUCUCUCUCUCUCUCUCUCUCUCUCUCUCUCUCUCUCUA